CUCAGAGACGCUCGAAGGCCGAACCGCACCGCCGAAGCACGAACGAGAAAGAGAGCGAGAGAGGCAAAAGAAAAGAAAAUGGAGGAGGAGACACUUUACCUGCAACUGCACAAGCUAUCGAUGAUAAACUCCGAGGAAUUGCUAGACAACAUACUCACAACGCUAUGGAAGACGCGGAGAACUGGUCUACGGUCACCGGAGAAGUCUCACGUUCAAUCUCUCCUCAAUCUUCCCUCUUUUGGCGAAGUCGAUCCUGUUUUGGCGUGCCUUCGUUCGCUUAUCAGAAAAUGUGUACAUGAGAAUUUUACAGCAGAUGAUAUUCUGAAGCUGUUCCCAGCUGAUCUCUCGCUUGAUCUGCAAAGCACACUUGUACUUUUGCUUCAGAAAUAUCAGAAUCUGUGGAAGGAGGAGAUAUCAAGAGAACAGCAACCAUUGCCAAGGACUAAUUUAUCGUAUCAGGUCAAGACAAGUGUGCCACCGUCAUUCACAUCUCUCCCAUCAUCUGAUAUUCCAACAUCACUGUGGCCUCAUCAAGAUGAUCCCACUUCCCGGUUUAUUCAUUAUGUUCGUGGGAUUCCAACACCAAUAACAGAUUCGACGGCAUCACAGUUUGCUGCCAUACCUCUACCAGCUGACAUUGGUUCUUUCGAUGACCUGGCUAUAAUACCCCGCCUCAAGUCAAUGACGUGGACCAUGGAAAAUCGCAACUCAUCACCAUCCAAUAGGGUAGCUGUCGUCACUCUCAAGCUGCAAGACUACGCUAAGUCUUCUUUAGGAGAAACGGAGGUGAAAUUUAAGCUUUCUAGAGACACACUUGAAGCUAUGAUAAGAUCAUUGACCUACAUCAGUGAGCAACUAUCAAGCAUGGUUGGAACUUCUACAGGACCAGUGCAAAAGAAGCAAAGGCAGUAGCAUUUUUUAUGGUUUUUUUUUUUUUUAACCACUGGGGGAACCACCACAAGACACAAUCCUUAGGGCCGAGCCCUGUGCUGUAAACCCCCAAGGGGAGAAUCCAGCUACCCUCGCCAAACCUAAAGCAUUUUUUUAUGGUUCGUUGUUUAUAAACUGUGAAUAUUGACAUAUAUUAUUAUUACCUUUCUGUGUGCAUCGGCAUCCUCCGAGCUAAGACUCACAGCUACAUACUGCAAUUGAGCAAUUAUUUCUAUCACUUUAAUGGAACUCUUCUCUAUCAGUCGGCCAUUAUGUGACUAUUAAGUUUACAAUUUAUAAGCAUUACCCAAUUAGCCUUUA